AUGAUGUCCUUGGAUGCACCGCAGAAGAAAAUUAGUAACCCGAUCAUUCCAUAUGUUGGGACGAUACUUGGAGGCCUUGCUCCUGGAGAGCUGAUUGUGAUACAUGGGACUGUUCCUGAUGAUGCAGACAGGUUCCAGGUGGAUUUACAGUGUGGCAGCAGCAUAAAGCCUCGAGCUGAUGUGGCGUUUCAUUUCAACCCCCGCUUCAAAAGGUCUGGCUGCGUUGUUUGCAACACACUGGAGAGGGAAAAAUGGGGCUGGGAGGAGAUCACUUAUGAGAUGCCCUUUCAAAAAGGGAAGCUAUUUGAGAUUGUCAUCAUGGUUUUAAAGGAUAAAUUUCAGGUGACUGUAAACAAGAAGCACUUGUUGCUCUACAACCACAGAAUUAGCCUUGAAAGAAUAGAUACACUUGGAAUAUAUGGCAAAGUGCAGAUCAAAACUAUAGAAUUUGUUUCCAAUUCUUUACAAGGCUCUCACCCAUCAUCUCUAGGAGUAACAAAGAUAAACACAGAAAAUGGGGAAAUGCCAGAUGGUUCACAAUUUGGAGUUCCUUAUGUUGGGAAACUUGAUACUGCACUUCGUCCAGGGUGCACAGUUGCUGUUAAAGGUGAAGUGAAUAAAAAUGCAAAGAGCUUUGCGAUAAAUCUGAAAUCAAGUGACUCAAAGGAUAUUGCAUUGCAUCUGAAUCCCCGAGUGAAAAAUAAGGUUUUUGUAAGAAACUCAUACCUUCAUGACAGCUGGGGAGAAGAAGAAAAUGAAGUUGCCAACUUUCCUUUCAGUCCAGGGAUGUACUUUGAGCUGAUCAUUUUCUGCGAUGCUCACCAGUUCAAAGUUGCUGUUAACGGUGUUCACACUCUGGAGUACAAGCAUCGUUUUAAACAACUUGAAAAGAUCAACAUAGUGGAAAUCAUGGGUGAUGUUCAAUUGUUAGAUGUGAGGAGCUGGUAGUUCUUUUCAAUCAGUACUAAAAGAAUUCAAACCCUUCUAAUGACAGUGCCUCUUGUCGAGUACAAACAGGUGGUGACUCAUGCUGAGCCUGCCUUUAUCUAUCUAGGCUUCUGUGUCUGCCUCUCAGUUAGGUGAGUACCAGUACUGUAACUGUGAGAUUAAAUCCUCCUCUAGUUUACAGUAUCCUGGUAAGAUAAAUAAGUGUUUGCUCAGAUAAAUCUCCUGUAUUACUGACCUAGCAAUAUGAAAAUGCUGCAUCGUACUGUAUCUAACAAUCACACUCAGUAUGUUAAGUUAAACUACUGUUCA